GUUUGCAGCUCUCCGCCCAUCCACAUGAAGGUGCAGCCUCUGAACCAGACGGCGCUGCAGGUGUCGUGGAGCCCGCCGGAGACCAUCUACCACCCACCCAUCAUGAACUACAUGAUCUCCUACAGCUGGACCAAGAACGAGGACGAGAAGGAGAAGACGUUCACGAAGGACAGCGACAAGGACUUGGUAAAAGCUCCCUGUUGUGUUCAGGACGGCAAGGGCAGUUCGAGGGGCCCCUGCGCCCGCGCGGGCUGUGUGCCGGGGAUCUGGGUCACGUACCAGCUAAUGUUGCCGAUCCCAGGCAACUUUUUGCUCAAUAACCGUUUCCCAAAUGGCUACUCGGGGGCUUUUCAGAAUUCACAAGAACUAGGGUGUAACAAAAUAAAGUCCAAGGGCUCUCCCAGACGUUUCCGUGAAGUGCCUUCUUCUGGGGAGAGAGGAGAGAAGGGGAGCAGAAAAUGUUUUCAGACAGCUCAUUUCUAUGUGGAAGAUAGCAGUUCACCUCGGGUGGUCCCCAAUGAAAGUAUCCCUAUUAUUCCUAUUCCGGUUGAAUUUCAUAAACAGCUCUGGUCUUUAAAUCCUAAACAGCAUAAGUGGAAUCAGUUUUUCAGAAUCGAAUGUUCCGUGGCCAUGGGUUCUCCAUUGUUACCCUGGGAGGGUAAAGCACAAUUGAAUGCAUGCAGUAACUUAGCGAUCAGUCCCCUCGGUCAGAAGGGAAAUCCCAAGGGUCGUCAGAAUGAACGGGUCGUGAUCCAGUAUCACUACACUCAGUGGCCUGACAUGGGAGUUCCUGAGUAUGCCCUCCCGGUCCUGACCUUCGUGAGGAGAUCCUCGGCAGCCCGGACACCUGAAAUGGGCCCUGUGUUGGUGCACUGCAGUGCUGGUGUGGGCAGGACCGGCACCUACAUUGUAAUAGACAGCAUGCUGCAACAGAUAAAAGACAAAAGCACAGUUAACGUCCUAGGAUUCCUGAAGCAUAUCAGGACACAGCGUAACUACCUCGUCCAGACUGAGGAGCAGUACAUUUUCAUCCAUGAUGCCUUGUUGGAAGCCAUUCUAGGAAAGGAGACUGAAGUAUCUUCUAAUCAGCUGCAUAGCUAUGUUAACAGCAUCCUCAUACCAGGAGUAGGAGGAAAGACACGGCUGGAGAAACAAUUCAAGCUGGUUACACAAUGUAAUGCCAAGUAUGUGGAGUGCUUUAGUGCUCAGAAAGAGUGUAACAAAGAAAAGAACCGAAACUCUUCCGUCGUGCCAUCCGAGCGUGCCCGAGUGGGCCUUGCACCAUUGCCUGGAAUGAAAGGAACGGAUUACAUUAAUGCUUCUUAUAUCAUGGGCUAUUAUAGGAGCAAUGAAUUUAUUAUAACCCAGCAUCCUCUGCCACAUACUACGAAAGAUUUCUGGCGAAUGAUUUGGGAUCAUAAUGCACAGAUCAUUGUCAUGCUGCCAGAUAACCAGAGCUUGGCAGAAGAUGAGUUUGUAUACUGGCCAAGUCGAGAAGAAUCCAUGAACUGUGAGGCCUUUACCGUCACCCUUAUCAGCAAAGACAGACUGUGUCUCUCUAAUGAAGAACAAAUUAUCAUCCAUGACUUUAUCCUUGAAGCUACACAGGAUGACUACGUCCUAGAGGUUCGGCACUUCCAGUGUCCCAAAUGGCCUAACCCAGAUGCCCCCAUCAGCAGUACUUUCGAACUUAUCAAUGUCAUCAAGGAAGAGGCCUUAACAAGGGAUGGCCCCACCAUUGUUCAUGAUGAUCAUGCAGCUAAACUUAUAUUUCAUGUUCCAAUUUUUGAUACAGUAAAUAUCAAUAGAUACAGCCCAAAUAAGCAAAAGCUCUUUGAGGAUCACCAAUAA